AUGGCAGAAGCCAGGAAAAGAUAUUAUAUUCUUCUUCAAGAUCGUGUGGGCAAAAUGCAAGAGAGAAGCGUGUUGGCUUUUGGUGGAAUGAAGUCAACACCUACACAGGUAUUAAAAGGAGAGUUAUUGGAGGCUCUUCCAGAAACAGAGCAACCUAACGACUCAACAAGAAUAGCUCUUGCUGGAAUUGAUCGGAAAAGUUUACGUCUUGAAUGUCGUACAGAAGACAUAACGCGACUUACGAUGGAAGAUGCUAACCUACUCUUGGCUAUUUCUUCAGUAGGUUUGAGAUAUCAGUCUUUUAUUGAUAGGAAACGUUUAGAUUUCGGGAGACAUCUCUCACCCGGAAGUCAGGUGUUCGUGGACGUGAAAGGAAUUUCCAAGAAAUUACAUGGAACUGUGUGGUACGUUGGUGAAUUGAUUCCCCUUCAUGGGACCAUGUUUGGCGUAGAGUUGAUUGUAAGUAACCUCGAUAUAUUGUGCUAAGGGACUGGCAAAAUACGAUCGCCAUGUCAAGGUUUUUUUUGAGCUUAUUUAUAUCGAAUUUGUUUUCUACACAUUUCACCGUAAAUGGGGCAAAAACACAUUCAUUAUUCUAGGACUUUGUUAUAUGGAGAAUUAAAGGGUUGUUAUAGUGAGGUUGUAAUGUAUGUUCUCUUUGUAAACUGAACUCAGGCCCUAGUUGUGGUUGUUUCAUCCGAAAGUCAGUUCACCCGAAGUUGUUUCAUCAGAACGUAAGUUAAUUCACCCGAUGACAAACAACACUCUACAACAUGGUUUAUCAGUGAUGCUUUUUAGUUAAGCUGGGAAUCUUUUCCUGCAAUUGUUAAAAAAGACCCAGCAAUGUGAACAGUCUUAGCACAUUCAAGAUACAGAAAGACUGUACAUAGGCUGCCGUGCACAUAAAAACUGAAGUCUACAUGUGCCUCAUUGAUUGCCGUCAUUGCUAUCUCGAUCUUUGAUGUAUUUUGAGUGAAGUUUUCACUGAAAAAAGUUGUUGAUGCACAUGUGCCGUCACCGUCUUUUUCUCAGGCUUAAGGAAUGAUAAAUAAACAUUGGGUGAAUCAUCUUAUGUCCGGCGCAAGACAACUUCAGGCAACUCGUCUUUGGGGCGAAACAACCUGUUACCCAAAGGGUGGAUAAGGCUAUCAACUGGCUAAAUUUCUAUCCAGCAGAUAACGUAUUUGUUUCCCUUAAUGUUAUCUUCUUGAUAGUGAUUUAUCUGCUGGAUAGCAUUGUCCAACGUUUGAACCAGGGGGACUAGAUGUUGGGUUCAGCUUUAUUGAUUACUUUUUGAAAACCAAGCACGUCCCUCUGUGCAACUUACUAUGCACAAAGGUACUGCCAAAUGGCUGAGAUUCUCUUGUGCAAACAGUUUCAAAAGUUAAUUGCAAUAAACCUAGCAUUGACUGGUACAUGUAGCCCUGGCGUAGUUGGUCAAAUGUCUGGCAAUCAAAUUCUAUCAAACGUAAUUGAACGCAAUCCAUGGUUGAGUUUUACCUGGUUUAGUUAAUAAAUCAAAAUCACACAAACUUUUAAUCGAACAAAACUCAUAGAUUGACUUCUUCUAUGUACGGCAAUGAAGUGUAAUUAAACUCAGUAAUAAAUGGCUCAAUUGAACACAAUCAAAAUUAUUUCCAAACUUGAGACAAAUAUGAUCAGACAACACAAUAGCCAAUUAGUACCAGAGCAACCAGUGUCCUCUAAUAAUGUCGACAAUGGUUUGGAUUGAAACCCACCAUUGACCAACCAUGACUGAGAUUUAUGAUACACCAAUCUGUAGCAACAAUGGUGGUACUUAAAAAAUUAAUACAUUGUAGUCCUCAGGGCUUGAAAAAAAGCCCCGUUCAAUAGUCUAGGUCAGUAGAUUUUCUUGCUGGGAUAGUACCUUUUAAAGCUCACUUGCCCAUUGUGCAAGGGUCAUGAUCUAAGACUAGAAAUACAUGUACAUAAAUUACAGAACCUCGCUCAGCACUUGGGGCAAACUGCAAGUUAAGAAGUACAUGUAAGAAGGAGCUGAUAAUUUAAAAAUGUAGAUUACAAUAAAGAAACAAAACAGCAACAGUAAGAACAACAGCAACAACAAAGCGAAUAGAGAAAGAAAAGAAAAUAAGAGUGAAAUGAAAUAGAAAAAAAAGUAUCAAACCUAUAGCAUUAUACAAUUUUUUUGUAUUCAGUGGACCACUUUAUGACCACUAUGCCAUGUGAGGAUAAACAACAGUAAUGUUAAUAUCAUUUUAUUAAGCUUUCUGUUAAACUUAAUUGUGCCUUUUAGAUUUAUCACUAAAAACAUUUCUUGACUUCUAAAACAGGCUGGCCAGGUUUUGUAGUGGUUUGUUUACUCACUGCCUUGUUGCUAGGCAACUGCAGAUACCAUUGAUAGAAGUAUUAUAACCUAGACAAAAGAUUACACUUUGCUCAGCAAUAAUCCUUGUGGAAAUCAUGCACGAUCCGAAUUCAACAAAAUUAUAAACUUGCUUUGCAAGGAACAAGCAAGCGUCCUUGAGAGCUGCUUGCCUACACGUACAUGUAAAGGAUGGCUGGAAUUCAAGUGUUUGUCUUGCCCUCAUGCCACUGAUUCAGUAAAUAGACACCAUCACCCCCAGGGGGGGUACUCGGGAUUUCAAGUGAUGGGGAUGAUCGAAUGGAGCCAAAAGUCAAGACCCAAAAAAAUCCCUAGGGCUUCCAGCAAAACCCAAAAAAUUCCCUGGACCAAAAAUUAACCCCCAAAAAAUCCCAUGCUGAUUUCUGCAGACUAUUGUAUAACACGCGCGAUGUAAAGCGACACCAUAGUUAACUAUUAAACAACAGCAAAACACGUUUGUUUGUACUUUAUUCGCAGAACUUCGCAGCCAGGGCACUACCAAUUCUUUUUAAUACCCCCAAAAAUUCCCUACUCAAAUCAAGCUAGCUAAGCCAAAUUUUCGAACCCAAAAAAGUCCCGGAAUCGAAAAUUUCAAAUCCCAAAAAAUCCUUCCAUCAUCCCCGUCACUUGAAAUCCCGAGUACCCCCUGUGGGCCAUCACCUGAUGAAGACCUGCAGUAUGAUCGAGGUUGAAAUGUUGAGAUUACUAACUUAGUGUCUGCUGCUUGUGAGACAAAAGAUAGCACUGUGUAGAACAGUAAAUGCUAUUUAUUUUCUGUGACAAUAGGUCAACAGCUAUUUUUGUUGGUUUAAUAGUUCUCCAUAGGUGAAUGUACUUAGUAAUUUAUUGAACUGUUUUGAAAUCUACGGUUUGUUGUAGAAAAACCCUGGCCAAGGAACAUCAGAUGGUACGUUCAGGAACAAGACAUAUUUCAAAUGUCCUCCAGACUCAGGAGUUUUCGUUUCUCUUGAUAAACUUACACCUAUUGAGGAUUCAGACUCAAAACCACCUAAAUCUCCGAAGAGAGAUGAAAGUAGUCCAAGUAGUUUUGCUUCAAGAAUGAUUCCUUCUUUAUUUAAAGGAAAAAAUGAUCAUGAGCAGAAAGUACAUGUACCUCGGAAAGGUGCUGAUUAUAAAGUUCAAAUUGAUGAACGAGUUGUAACAUUUGCUGGUGAUGCUCCUGUCAGAGGAACUGUUCGUUAUAUUGGUGAGGACAAAGGCUCACAUGGACAAGUUCACACCUUUGUAGGGUUAGAGCUGGUAAGUUUAACAGUUACGUAGUUGUGACAAUGUACAUGUAUGUGUGCAAUAGACUCUUAAUGCCAAUUAUACUUGCCCCUCAAAGUAAAAGAAGAAGUGACACAUAUAUACUGGGUAACCUAAUGGCAAAAUAAUGAUUUAUUUUUUCAUGUCCAUACUUUUUUAUCUGAAUUGUUGAGAUUUUAUAAAAGUACCUAAAUAUGUAUUUUCCACCUGCUAGCAUUCCUUUAAUAUAAUAAUUAUUAUCCUCUUUGUUUUGUUGCUGCUUUGACUAAUAACAUUUAAUGUUAUUUUUUAUUUAAUGUUAUUUUGAAGUGAGCCCUGUUGAUGAGUUCUUUUACUCGUAGGGCAAACUUUGUCAAUAAAAUAUGUUUAAGUAAAAAAUAGAAAUAAACAAAUAAAAUCCUCUGAGAAAAUUGUAGUUCGGAUGGUCAGUUGCUUGUUGAAGCAUUUAACAAGAAAAAUAAUUUAUUAACCUUAAGAACGUCAUUUGGCAUUUCAAUCUUUCAAACGUCAUUAUUAAGAGUGAGAAAUGUCGUUUCACACUAAGCUUUUUUCUUAAUAAUCAUCAUACUUGUAAUAAUGAAACAUGCACAAAUCAAUCUAAUUUAUUUAAACUUCAACGCUUUAAUAUAACAACUUUGAGACUUAAAAUUUCUCACUCUUGAUAAUGUUGUUCAAAAAAACAAAACAUUAUAAACAAAUUAUGGCAUUCUUAAGGUUAAUUCUUCUCAUUAAAAUUGUAGUUGUAAUUGGCCACUUGCACUAAGAGGUCACAUGACGAAUGCUUCCUUUAAACAAUGAGUUUGAAUCUUGCUGAUGCCUAAAAUUGAUGGAGGGCAUAAAAAUUUUCUUACAUGCAAAAAUUGAGAGGAAACGCAUUUAAGGGAUAUAUUUUAUUGCACUUUGAUUUUUCAGCAAAGUAGUAUGAUUUGUAUCGGCCGCCAUGUUGGAGGGCAUACCUCUUGCCCUCCAAAAUGGCGGCCAAAACUACUUUUUGCUUGUAUCUUGUUAAACGUUUGAUAGUUACGCUCGGAUGUGCUGAAAACGUUACCACAUCAUCUUGUCAACAAUUUCCUUGAAGUUUAAGUGCAAAAUCUUUGUUCAGAAAGAGGUAAUUCAUAGUUUUAAAAAUCACGUUUUGGUCAUGGGACCAGCUACGAACUGACUCAUUUUAAGAAAAUGGUGCGGGUUUGAAAAACUAAAUCACUGUUAUUUUGUUUAAGAUACAGCUGUAUGACCCACUAAUGGUUUUUUGAAGGCAAAAUCAUAUAACCUUCAUUUUCAUAAAAAUGAUGUCACAUGACGUCUUAGUGCAAAUGGCGUAUUACAUGUAUUUUUAUGCUCUGAUUCCAUUAGGAUGCUAGGUGUGGAAAUGGAACUGGCAAAUUGAAAGGAAAGCAACUCUUUGUAUGUAAGAGAGAUUAUGCAAUAUUUGUUGAUAUUGAAACUGUUAUACCAGAAAAAGACUUUGAUCAAGAUCCUGCGAAGGAUGUAACAUCACCAGAUAGAGGUGAAAUGAUGUCGAAGUCAGUGGGUUAUGAUCCAAGUAGAUAUUCAGGUAGGAUUUGUUAUACGCAUGUCUCAAUUAAAACAAAUGAUUCAUUUGCUCCUCUUUCUCCUGGAGAUUUUUUUGUUUAGGACCCCGCAUUCCUCUGGAAAUUCCAGUCUAGGUAAAAACUUUCCUUUCAAGAUUUUGGCCUUCAAGAGGCUCUUACCCUUCUUAGCUCUCCUCUCCUUGUUGUGGACCACCAGUGCCAUGUCUAACGGUAUUUGGAUUGAAAGUACAUUUUGAGCUUUUUGCUACUACUGCUUUUGUUCUUCUUUUGGAAUUUAUCAUUAUGAUAUGAUGAUAUUUAUAGUUUUAAAACAAAUUACAUAAUUUUGUAAUGGAAAUAAAGUGAAUCAUGGUCAUGAAAUAAGGUAUAUUGUCUUAAACAGGGAAGGGAAAUGAGGGGUCAAGAUUUGAAGGCCUCAGUGGCACCUCUACCUUUACUGCCCCCCUCCUGUCAGAGCACUCAGUUUAAAGUUUGAAAAGGGUUGGAGAAAGCCUGCUUUCUGGUUAUAGAUUGAACUUGAAAUUCAGUGAAGCACUCACAUAUGUCUCUGACCCUUAAAUAUUUAGCAAUUAUUGAAUGAGGCUGAGUAUCAUCUGAAGAAUUAUGGAGAUCGAGAUAACACCCUGCGAGAUCUCCAUAAUUCUUCCUAUAAUACGACAGCCGAAUUCAAUAAUUGUUUUAUCAUUCAUUUACAACAAUUCCUAGUUAAAAAAAGCUAAACAAUGCUUACCUUUGUCGAUGUUAAGUUCAUCUCGAUAGUGCAUGUUAAUCGGCAACUUUAGGAGAUUAUGGGUUGUUCAGCUGCGAAAAUAUUCUCCAAGUAGCAGAUGUCAUCCUUCAAGUUAUCUUCUUGCUGUUCUUGCUAUGUUUUUAGCCAAUAGUUUGCCUAUUCUUCCUGGUGGCACAAGUGGAAAAAAACAAUAUAGCUGCUUAUGGUGACUUAUGUGUGGGAUUUUAGCCAGUCAGAAACGCAGGCAUAUUUUGAAUGAAUACAUUGAUAUUAUUUGAUGUUAUCAGUAUUAAAUUUGUUAUCCCUGGAAUGUUUUGAAAGAUAACCUUACAGUUUCUUCAGACAAGGUUCCUUUAAUCUAUAACUGUAUGCGUCAUGUCCUUCUUGCAUACUUCGUAGGUCACGAAUCUGUGAAAAAAGUGAAAAGAACAACUUCAUUUGACUCAGCUGAUCACAAUCUUAUUGUGGCCGCUGGUGAAAGUAGCCAGACUGAUUGUGCAGCAUUCAUAGAGCAACAAAAACACUUGCUACAUGAAUACAAGAGUACAAACGUUUCUCUGCCUACAAAGAGGGAUGUUAGGAUGAGCAAUGAUGAAAGGACCGACAGUGCUGGUAACAUGAACUUCAGUGAGGAUCACUUCAAAAACACACCUCCAAACAGUGAUCUUAAAACCCCUCCACCAAUCACUAAGCAACCUGGUUUAAGUGUAUCUAAUGUUCGUGGAAGAUCAUAUCAUGGGUUUGUUAACAUAGAGAAGGAAGACUAUGAGGAACUGAUGCAGCCUCAUGAAAAAGGUAGGUUUGAUACAUUUUCGAGGUUUGAUUCAUUCCAAUCAGGAUUUUUUUGGUUGGAAAAUUUGGCAGAGAUUUUGAGGGGAAUUCAAAACAAUCUGAAGAAAACCAAACAGAAAUGAGAAAAAAGGAGAAGAAUAGAUACUGCAGUACAGGCCAUAGGAAUUGCAGCAUUUACACGCCUGUAAAAUGCAUGCAAUAUGGUGGACUUACACAAAAUACACGCAAAAAACACGCAUAUAAAAUUUUACACAAACAAUUAUAUGCAGCUUAAAUCAGACUCAAGAUGCAUGUACAGUCAAAUCUCACCUUGUGGACACCCCAUUAUAACGGACACCCCAAUUAUAAGGGCAGCAGCUAAAUCCCACGUGAAAAUAUAUUAUUUUUUUGAGUGGAAUAAACUCCCGCAAUUUCGGACUCUCUCUAAUGAGGACACUAACUCAAGGUCCCUAUAGUGUUCUUUAUAAAGGGAGUUGACUGAAUUUAUCGCGUGGAAAUUCCCUCUCUUAAUUUUACAGGCAAUCCAGUCUAUUCUUUUAACGGCAGAUCUAAAAGAAAUGGUAAGAUGCUGAUUGAUCACAGUCUCUUCACGUUUGAAUUUCGGUUAAAACUAACAUGUCUCGAUUUAAAACGGAAAUUGUUUUGAGUCAUGUUUUUCACAUUCAAAACGGCUUUAUAGAUCCUUGAAAGAAUCUUUCUGCAACUUAGAUCUGAAAAGUUGCAGUCUACUUCAUACUCCGUAGUCAGCAGUGUACUGUGUGUUUACUGUCUGUCACGCUGUCCAGUGCUGUACAAUUUUCCAUUAGAGCAUACCUGUAGCAAGAAUAUUAAUUGCCUAAUCAAAUAAAAUAGCUCAAGCGUACAUCAUAUCCCCAUUGAGCAUGCUGAUAAUACCAACAGACCUCUUUGUGCUCUCCAAACUUCCCGCAUGCUUCUUAUCUGCGACAUACACAUGCUGACUCAUGAACCAGUUAACAGUACUUUAAUGACUAGCCAUCCUGCCCUUAUUUCAAGCCCUUUAAAAGAAAGGUUAUUAGGUAGAUCAUGUUUUCCGCAUUUUGUAGAUGGCAAGCGGUAGGGGUGCUCAUACAAUAUAAUGUACCUCAAAGGGUAAUAAUUUAAAAAUUCUUUCUCAUGUUUUUUGUAAAUGUGAAAGCACUCAGGGACCUUUCUGUACUUAGCAGGCAGCAACAAACAACAGGCUAAAUGAACUGUAGGGAAAAAUAAUAGUCACAUUGUCAUCACUGCCAUUGGCCUUGCUUGUCAUGACUUUUAAACCCUCUCUCUGAUAUUACAGCGGGAGGAGGCGGGUUCAAAUUUAAAAAAAAUUGUCAAUUGUUUGUUUACCCACGAAGCACAUACAAUGUAGGAGUUCAUAUGAACUCGUUUAAACGUGUCCUUGCGUUCCAGAGUGAAUUGGAAUUUGGAAGUGUUGGUUUUUGAGGAGAGGGGAAAACCGGAGUACCCGGAGAAAAACCUCUCGUAGCAAAGGAGAAAACCAACGGCAAACUCAGCCCACAUAAUUAUGGCGUCGAUGCCGGACCCGGCCCACGUUGGCAGAAGCGCUCUCACCACUGCUCCCCCCAAAAACUGGGCUGGACCACCAACCAGGGUCUUUGAAAAACUUGUAAAAUCAUUGUGGUUGUGAUUUAAGAUCUUGUGUCAGUUAAGAUGAUCGUGUCAUUGGGUGCAUGCGUGGUGACAUUAAGCCAUUGGCUUUGUCUCGUUAUCCUUCUAUCAUUGGUCAAGUCGAAGGGGAAGUAGAAAAGAACUCAAAGACUAGGGGAAAUUUUCCUGAUGCUGUGAUCUACAUGUACCUCAUUGCACACAUCAUUCAUAUCAUGGGCUCAUGGGUUAAAGUAAUCCAUGGUUCGUACAAUCUUUAAAAGGUCUUGCGUUUUACUAGUCGUCUUCAAAAGUCCAUGAAUUCGGUUUAGGUCCUUGAAAAGUACUUGAUUUCUUUAUUUGGUGUUGAAAAGUCUUUGAAAUUCACAACCUUGUCUAUGUCAGACACCUUUUUCUGUAAAGUUAGAUUCUUUUGCUGGGGAAAAUUUGGUUCGUCCUUGGUAUGAGAACCUGUAAAACUCAUGGGCAACAUAAAAACAUUUUAAAUUGUGCGUGAACAAUAUUAUUUUAACUUCCAUUUCUUUAUUUCAAAUGCUAUUUCUCUUCCUAAGAUGCAAUUGCAAGUCAUACUCAGUCAUUUUGCAAUUUCUUGUUGCGGAAAUAAUGUGAUCAAUGAUGGCCAAAGAAGUAAAAAUCGUAAAUGACCCCACGUCAUGUUUUAGCCAAUAGGGUGAUCAAAGGAGGUUGAUGAAUGCCAGUUUAUUGAAUAAAUCUUAGUCCUUGAAAACCUGUAAUUUGUCCUUGAAAUUCCUUGAAAUUUGUAUGUCUGAAGCUGCACAAACCAUGGUAAGCUCAUCAAUGGACUGAUAGCGACUGCCAGUGGUACCCUUGUUUGACAAUAUCUGAGGUUGCUUCUAAUUUGUAAAGAAGACACGUAUGUUGUUUUCUGAUCUCAUCCAUGUCAUUCCAUUCAUUCAUUCAUUAGACCAGUCUUCAAGAAGGUUUUGAUUGACCGUCAGUAGUUAUGAUGGCAGCAUCGUUCAGAUAAACUGAGAGCUUAAGUCAAUGUUUGCAUGUGUGUCAGUGAUCGUCUUCAUGACAACAAGCACAUUAUUUUCAUUCUUAUGUUAAAGCCUAACCUAUAUUUGUAAUUUUUUUUGUAUCAAGACCCAGUGUCACCAAUGGCAAGUGAUCAUGAGGUUGUGUCAGAUAAUUACAGCCCCGUAGAAACUAACAAUAUGGAAAACAGUGCUGUAUCAAAAGAACCUGCUGAGGCUCAAACUUCUGUUGUGCAUGUAGAUGAACAGGCUUCAGAUAAAAUGACAGGUAACUUAAUUAUAUUUCUCGGUACUUAUGCUCCAGUAAUCUAUUUUAAUUAAUGUGAAAUUUCUAUCAAUAACAUGGCUGUGGGUUUUUUUGCAAGAAUGACCUUGUCUGGCUAGGAAGGGGUCAGCAAGAUACAUGUAUUUUGAGAGUAAGAUGAGGGAGUAAAGAAGAAAUGGAGAAAAAAAGUGAUGAUCAGAAAUCGUUGAAGAAUGAAAAUGAGUAAUUUGCUUCUCCAGAAAAUCUUCAUGCACAGUCAUGUACAUCUAUACCACCCCCAUGGAGGGUUUUGGGUUCCCCCCCUUCUGGAAAUUCUGGUUUAGGUUCAUGCUUUUCUUAAAGAAAUGAUUGCCAUUUAGACCCUCCUUCCCCUCAGAUUUCCUUUAACAUUCCAUUAUUAUUAUUAUACAGUCAAUUCCCUUUCAGACAGACACCAUUUGGACCAUUAGUGUUUGUCAAAGAAAGAUGUCCAUCUGAAACAUUCAUUUAGUGUCUACUCUAGCUGUCCGUUUUACCAACUUGUCCACCCUAUAGAUGUGUCUGUGAAGAGAGUGUCAACUGUCGACAUUUUCUGGGAGCACACAAUGUUGUGUAUUUUUCAAGUAGUGAACUUUUUAAUUUGUCAGAUCUUGAGGCACAAGCGAUAGCUGAAAUUCCUCAUGGCUUUGAAGUUGGCUCGAUGGUUGAGGUACCUAUGGCUCAAGGACUUCCACGAUAUGGCGUGAUUAAAUGGAUUGGAACUCUUCCAACACUGAAGGAUAAACUAGUCGCUGGACUGGAGUUGGUAAAAGAUACGAUUUUAUGUUUAGUCCUCUAAACACGGCGGAUCUAAUCCGCAGGUCACAGGUCACUUGACGAAAACUGCUCUAAACCAUGUUAUUUUUCACUCAAAAUAUUAUUUUGCAUUUCUGAAUGGUCUAAAUCGCUUGGCUACAUGUGGUAUAAAAUUAUUAGAAAUAUAGUGUGUAAACACAGACUGACGUAAAAUAUGGAAGACUUGCAUCGGCUAAUAAUAGAACAUAGACACGUUUAACGUGCAUAAGCUAUUUUGAACGCUUCAGUGUAACCAAACCUUUAGUGUGACCGUACCAAGAAUUUUAACCUUUCACCCUUAAUUUAGACUGUGUUUUUUUGUGUGUGCGGUAUUGCUACACAUGGAUAUGAUGAAGGGAAUAAAAUAGCGGGUGAAAACGCUUCACAUUGUACACAGCUGAGUUGAUGGUUAUGUUAUACAUUCACUUUUCUUUGUGUUUCCUUAAUUUCAUCUGGUGCAAAUUAAAAAAAAUUGUCAAAGUAAGAGGGAUGUCAACUCCCCAAAUGUUGCUUCGAAGGAAGACAUGAAAGUUUCUUCGGAAUUUCCCAAGAUACUGUGGUUCAUUGAAUAGUGAAUAGUCAAGAAAUAUCGCUGUCAUAGUGGUAAAUGAUUGCAUCAUCAUAAUUCACGAGGGUUUUCGCAUGCCAUCUAUUCUCCUUAGUGCAACAGACUUUUAAAUUCUUAAGACUUGAUUGUUCAAGUUUUAGAAUCAGUAUUUAAUAUCAAUUAUUAUCAUUUUGAUGUGUAAACCUUCGUAAUACAUUGUAUACAUGUAUAUGAUUUUUUAUACUCCACUUUCAUCCAGGUGAAACAUUGUGUCGUAAACUCCAUAAAAUGUCUUGGAGGAGCACUUGUCUUAAAAUAUAAACCUAAACAGCUGGAUCACUGUACUCAGUGUUUGAAUCAAAAAGAUAAUUAAAUGUUAUUCUUCUAAACACCUUAGGCCAUAAUAAACAACGAAAAAAUUGUGAAGAAUCAAGGUGGCACUUUCAAAGUGGCCUUGUUUGACGUUUAGUGAUGUCAUGUUUAUAUGCCAAAAUCUCAUGGGUUCCUAGUAUAAACUCAUAGUAUCUCCAACCUUCUUGGUCCAUCACCCUGCAACACACAUACAAACAGACAAAGGAUAAGUGAUACAAACAUAGAAACAUACAUGCGCUCGGACCCCCGACAUAUGAGCUACCGUAAAAUUCCGAAAAUAAGCCCCGGGGCUUGUAUUUUUCAAAGGCCCUUUUUGAAGCGCUUAUAUUCGGAGGGGCUUAUGUACGGAGGGAAAAUUUGCGUUAAAAAGUCCAUUAUGUUAGCUUAUAGUUGGAAGGAAAUUUAUCAUUUUUUCUCUCUUUUACUUUGUAUUUGAGGGCACUGUUUUCAGGUACAAGCCCCUGGGGGGCUUGUAUUCGGAGAGGCCAUUUAACGGAGGGUUUUUUGCAUUACCGGUUUGGGGAGCUUAUGUUUGGAGGGGCUUAUUUUCGGGAUUUUACAGUAUUUUUUCAAAAUAGCUCAAGAAGUAUUCAAGUGAGUAGACUGCAAUAUCCAAUUUGUAUAAAUUGUUGUUCUGAGUUUUGGAAUUUGUUUGCUAAAUAGAAAAUAAAUCGGUGAAUGUUAUAGGUGGCAUCACAUGCAGACAGUGGUGCAGUUUCUGAGUUGUUGUGGCAGUGCAGAGCUUUAGAAGAUGGCAGAAGAUUUCAAAUGCUUGGCAGAUAAUAGUGAACAUACGCAACAGGACAAGAGGGCAAAUAAGACGGCAAACCUUGUGUGACAAACGUGACAAUAGUUUUCUUUGAAAUUAACUUUACGCCAAACUUCCCUUUCCUUUAAACAGAUGUUUUUGCAAGACCAGAAAACAUUAUGGGGAUCGUGACGUAAGAGCAAGUAAUAGCCCUGUCACGUUUGUCACACACAAGUGUUUUGCCAUCCUCUUCUUUCUGCCGUUAUGUUGCGUAAACUCACUAAUAAUAAGCCAAUGACUUACUCAAAGAGAUAGCAGGAAUGCACUAAUACAUGUACACACACACAAACUAAAAUAAAACAAACCAAACAAGAGAAAAACACUUAAUGACUGUUGACAGUCAACACUGUCAUAAGCAACACCCUUUGGUACACGUUGCUUGCCUGGUUGAUUGGCUGUGUACGGAAACAAUUAGCAAAAUAAGCUCAAUUAAUAAAGGUAAUAGGACUGAGUGGAGUCCAAUUCGGUCUGUAAUGAUACGAGUGAUUAACAAAAUAUAGCGUAGCGGGAGUCUGAUUUAUGUAAUCAUGAGUAUGAUUACAGACCGAAUUAGAUGGCACAAAUUUCUGUUACCAUAACAAACUUUGUGAUAUUUAAGCUUUUGUAAAUUUAAACCACAUGAUAUAAAAGUAGAAAUAAAAUAAAGUAUGACAAGCCUUUUCUCAUCUUUUCCCAAAAAUGUAGUUAUGAUACACCGCAUCCAGAUGUCAGUCAUCUUCCACGUAAAUCAUCAAAACUUGGACCGUACUCAUUGACCUAUCAAGGUCCAAAAAUAUGAACAGUAUAGAUAAUAAAACACGUAAAAUUAAAUAUUUACAUUUAUUUAAGUAAUGUAUAAUAAGAAAUAUAAUUUUUUAAAAAAAAAGUAGCAGAUCGUCCCUCUAAUUAAAAUACUGUUCAAUUUUAUUGCUGCGUUCAUUAUUUUCAUGAUAAUUAGAAUAGUAAUUACAGUAGAUGAGAAACUAUAAAAUUGUGAUUAAUUCUAUUUCUAAUCAUUAAGUUUGUUAUAAUGAUGAUAAUCUAGCUAAGUUGUAGUUGACGUCAGGUUUAAAGGGAUCUAUAAUUUCAAGCACUAUUCUGCUUUUCUAUAGACUCCUUCGUCACAAUUAACGUAAUCAACAUAUCAGUGGUGGAAGCAAUUAAAUGAAAAAUGAAAACCCAUUCAAGUGUACCAGCGAUAGUGCGUUAUGUCUAAUUACUUAAGCAUGACGCAUACUGUUUCAAUCAGACAGUUGAUAGCCAAUCAGAGUUGAGAAUUUUGUUUUAGCUGUGAGUAACAUAAAAGGGUAAUUAAAGAUUAUUACCGUACAGGCCAACAAAUGGCAAAUAAACAUGUGGCAUAUUUCACAUCUUAUAGCACUUGGAAAAUCUUAUCAUAUACUACAGUCUGUAUGUAACGGCAUCCCUUGCACUUAUUUUGGGGUAAUUGUCUCCAGUCUGUGUAAUGAAAUCAUUAAUUUUACUUACAUGCUGUGAAACUUUGCGCAUAGCAUUUUGUAUCAGACUGCUGUAACAAUUCGCUUUUUACCUCCUGUCGAUCUUAUUACAUUCAUCAUUUUUGUAAGUCAACUGUUGUUACCUGUCAGCCUGCUGUGUUGAACUAUUGUGACAUGUACAAUAAGGUAUAAGAUAAUUGUGAUGAAUACAAUAGGAGCAGCUAUUGAUCUCAGGCGGUCAAAAUUACAAGACCCUUUCCCAGAUACUUGUUUUGAACAUAGCAAUGUUUUAUUCCAGCUGUUCACAUUUGUUACUGAGAUGCAGUUGGAGAAGCUAGUUUAACUACUAAGUUUUCUUGUAAGUUAUGUGACCUUAACCCUAUUAAAGGAGUGUUUUAAAAUAAUGUUGUUGUUAUUAAACCAUGGAAUAUAGUUACUUGUUAAUGUUAUGUUACUUGUGUUACAGGAGGAUGAACAAUCUGCAUGUUCAGAUGGAACGUUUGGUGGAGAAAGAUACUUUUCAUGUCCUUCAGGACGAGGUUUCUUUACCCUACUGGCCCACUGUAGACAAGACUCACGCUUCACUCCUAAUUCGCCAAUCAGUGACCCUGAUUACCAGUCCAGCAAAGGUACAUCCAGUGUGUCUAAAACUGUAUCAAUGUAAUAGAAAACUUUCGACAUAUUAAAAUUCAGCAUGACAACGAGUCUUAGAGGACACAAACAAAGAAAAUGAAUAAACCAUGAUUAUUCAUGUCUAUUCAUUUUCUUUGUUUGUGUCCUCUAAGACUCGCUAUCAUGCUGAAUUUUAAUAUAUCGAAAGUAGCUUAUUAAACUUCAAGUCUUUUUGUCUUUUGGGGACUAUGUUACAGUACGUACAGUGCAAUCUUUGGUACAAAGUGUUAGUUAGCCUUGUGCUAAUAUCUCAUCUUUAUUGAAUUAUUUAAAGGUAUUAAACUUAAGAGAUAACAAAAAGCCCAAUUUUUAGAGGAACCUACACCGACACCCAACGUAAGGAUGCCACACUUGGAUGUAGCAUAAAGUGUCCUCCUGCAUAUUUGUACCUUUAACUGCAUCUCUUCCUCAUUUCAUGUUUGUAAACGACAGUUAAAUUUUCUGCAAUAGUCUUCCAUUACCCUAGGCUUUGCCCUGAGAAAAACUGUGGGGAGCCCUGUUCUCUGAACCUGUGAAGUCCAGGGUGCACAGUAUGUAGUUUCUUUGCAAAAACUGAGUUUUUCUAGUUGCCCAGGGACAAACGUUAGUUGCUAUGGGCUACUGGGCCGUGCUAGGGCACAGCCUUUAUUGCAACAGAAAGACCAAAUACUGAGAACCCAAACUUGACUGCUGCAAAAGUACUUGAGACACUGUACGUGGUAUUUUGGUGUAAAUGGCCUGUCCAUGAUCUUGUGCUCGUGAUCUCCCCUCCACCCCUUAUCAAAGUUGCUAGCAAUACAAGACCAUACUUAAAACGUGGAGGAACAUCUUUGAGUGGAAAGCAGGAAGGAGGUCAGUAUUAUAUCUUACAGACCUGUGUCUAGCAGCGAUUUGAAGCAAGAAAGGUCGUUUUUUCGUCGGAGUGUCUGAACAUUAAUUUUUUUUUGCAACUGGUUGUAGCUUUCUGUCCCAAAACCUAGAAGUAUUAGAAGUAAAGUUAUAAAACAAACCAGAUCUUAUUGAAGACUACCCUGUACUGUAUUAUGCACUGUUAAAAUAGUGUUGAUGUUACGUUUUUCAUGUGAUUUCAGCCUUUGGAAGUUUGCCUUCGCCAGAGGUCAAGGGGGUUACCAUUCCGGAAUCGUCACUAUUGGACGAUCACUGUGGCAGUAUGAAAGGUCUUCAGGGUCACCAUAACUCAUGUUAUCUUGAUGCCACACUCUAUGCCAUGUUCGCCUUUUCCAUGGUGUUUGAUACUUUGCUACACAAAGAAAAAAAACAGGAUGAUCUGCCAGAAUAUGAAGAUGUUCAGCAUGUUUUGAGAGAAGCCAUUGUCAAUCCUUUGAGAACGUAAGUAGAUAAAAAUAGUAAAGCACUUGUAGUUUUAACUACUCUCAGCCCCUCUACUUUCUCAAUGCCAAGCAUAAGGGAUGCAACACACAAAACAGAGGGUAAAAUAGGAGGGUGAUGGUAGAGGUGGUCACCCCUCUCCCGAUCUCAGUUGUGACUAGCUUGUGCUUUCAUUUGGUGGGUGGGUGGGGGGGGGUAGUGUGCGGCUAGUCUUUUGCUAUUCCUAAGUAUAAUGCAAUUUUUGCAUUCGUUGUAUUCUCUUUUAUGUUAUCUUUAAUAUGUUUUGAUCGCAGUCAAGUUCAUGCAGUAGUUUUUAAUUCACAAGGUUAAGGAAAUUAAUUAUAAUAAUUUCCAUUACAACAUGCACUUUUUGUACACGUAUCUCUAAUUGAGAGAAUCAAGCGUAGAUUGACAAGGCCAUGUUAAGCUGGUAUGCAUCUCAAGAAUUGUCACAUAUCUCUUGGCAAUUCUUGAAAAAUAAUACCGUAAACUGCUGCUUAUGAGCCCCUGGUUUUUAAAUCUUCGUAAGAGGUUUUAGCACGGCUUAUAAACGGAGGGGAUUAUGACCGGAAUAGAAACAGCGCUUGGAAAACAAGCUAUAGCAGUGCUAUAGUUCCUAGUUAUAUACGUUCCUAGUUGCUUUUACUGGAUUUUAAUUAAGUGUCAAAGCAUCAUAAUAGAUCGAAUUCUUCUCAAUGCAUUUAGAGGGGGGCUUAUAUCCGAGUGGGCUUAUAAUUGGUUGUCUUUUUUGUCUACAGAUAGCGGCGGUUAACGUUACUUACGUGGAUGUGAUGGUCCUGUUAUAAAUCUAAUUAGUCUUUGCUCGUAUUUAUCUAUAAUUAUCUGUAACUGGUCCUGAAAUCAGUUUGUUGAUUUCCUUUUCUUUUAGUUUCGGCUUUGUUAGGGCAGAUCGCAUUCUCAAGUUAAGAGAGUUAUUAGAUAAACUCAGUUCAACAGCAGGACUCGUCAAUGAAGAGAAAGGUAAUGGCUAAUGUUAGUAAAAUAAUGUAUGAAACUUGAUGGGAUCCACGGUUGGUAGGUUCCUUGUAGGCGGCAAGAGGCAAGAUAUCCACUUUGUAACCCCGUUUUGUUCAAAAGAAGUACGUUAUUUUGGAAAAAUAAGCCCUUGUUGAAUGUGAAUCAGGAUGACAUUAGAGAGAUUGAGUCACGUUUACGACAAACGGCAAACGUGAAUUUGUAUCACGUGACCAAGUUUUCCCUAAACUUGUGCUUUAUUGUUUAUUGCUUUUAUCCCAAAAUUAGUAGUAGCCUCAGGUUAGUCUUGUCUUUAACAGUUGUUUUGGACUGUUUUUAGCAGCACGUUUUCUAUUUUGAGAAAUUCUCAACUUGAAUCUGACGUUUACCGUGAACGUCACUCUAAAUCUCUCUAAUUAUAGCUUUUCAAUAGGCCUUUUUGCAAUAGUUGGUCACGAGAUCAACUUUUUGUAAACACGAAAAUAGUUUGCUUUUAGAAAAUUUUGUUAGCAGGAACUGAAAGAGCAUAUUAAAAUUAGGUAAUCUGUAAAUGUUGAGUCGUAUAUCUGAAAAGAAGCGAUUGCAACGGCUGCCGAAAAUUAGCAGGAUUUGUAAGAAAAAUAACUCUUGCCACCCAGUCACGCUUGAGUGGUUUUUCAUACAAAUCCGUGUAAUUUUGGAAAUUUUUCAACCUUUCCCUGACGCAUGUACGGGCUCAAAUUGCCUGUCAUGAAUAAAAAGGAGAUUUGAGCCAAGUAACGAUUAAGGAAAUAGUUCACGACAGUUUAAAAAUUCGAAAUUUACAAGGAUUUGUUUGGAAAACCAUUCGAGCGUGACUAGGCGGCAAAAGUUGUUUUUUCUCAUACAAAUCCUUCUAAUUUUCGGCAGCUGUUGCAAUCGUUACUUUUGGGGUAUAAGGCUGAAAAUUUACAGGUUGCUAACAAAAUUUUCAAACGCGAACUGUUUUCGUGUUUACAGAAAGUUGAUCAUGUGAUCAACUGAUGCAGAAGGCCUAUUUUCGCUCUAAACUUUAUAUAGAGCUCUUACGUGUAGAUGUCAUGCAUAUCGCCGUAAUUUAUUCCUAUGUGGUAGAAAGUUUGGACAAAUAAGUUAAGUACCUAGGAAGCUUUAGAAUGAACGGUGCUCACACAUACAACACUCUACCGGCAGACAUCACUGAGACAGAUAGAGACGCUCAGUGAAUUUAAGAUUAAGCUCAAAUGCCAUCUUAGACAAUAAUGCCUACACCUGAUAACUUAAUUGUCUAGUCUCUUUACGUUUUUAAUGUCUUUGUUUUUGUUUUUGUCAGGGCUCCAUGUAAACUAGCAUUGCUAAACUGGAUGCUUAAAACAAAAAAUUAGCUUUUUAACUUUAUAACACAACAAAAGUAAGCCGUGUGUUGUGAUUGGUUAAUUACGCAUUUGUUUUUUUACCCAUGGGUGAAUUCUCACGAAAGCUAACGCCCUCUCAAAGCUGUACGUCUCAAUUUCUACGCGAUUGUGUUUUCUUUUUACCUCAAAGCUUUGGGAGCUAGUAUACGUAGAACAGCUAAUCAUUGUUGAUGAUUGUUAGCAAAUUAUCCAUUCAUGUAAUGUAAUUGUAUUAUAUUGAUAGUAAUAAUGAAUUUUUUGUAACGUUUCAUCGUUAUUUUUGUAUUGCUAGAUCCUGAGGAGUUCUUGAAUUCUCUUCUCAAGCAAGUCUUGAAAGCAGAUCCAUUCUUGCACUUGAAGUAAGUGUUUCUGGCGUUUGCUAUUCUUUAUUUGAACUUCCUUUUCAGCUUAUUCAUCGACAGCUGUAUACUAUCGCGUUCUCUUGUAAUAACGUUCAGAUCAUAAAAGGUCUGAAUUGCUUUAGGCGAUAUUUACACUAUGCCGGAUAGCACAACACGAAAGCCGUACCUUAUAGUGCUACUGUUCACAAAUAUAAAAAUUGUGAUUUCGGCGCAGUGUUUGUAACGGAGUGACGCUGCGCCGUGCCGAUCUUGAAAUUGGAUUCACAUAUAUUGCGUAAGUAAAUAAGUUGAAAAGAUGACUGGGACCCACUGAGAGGGAAGUAAAUGCUGAUUCAGAAGUAAAGAAUGAGAAUUAGUACCAAAUCCUGUCGGCCAACCGCUCCGUUCCAAUCUUUGAUGUGUAUGAGUGCCUUGUUCCAGUUAUGUGCCUUUUCCUCUCAUAAACUUAAUGUGGGCUCGAACAUCUAUCCGGUAUAGUGAGUGUAGACGUGAUAGAAUUGGCCUCUUCCUCUUCAGUAUAGAGCAACAACCAGCAGUUGUCCUCCUUAUUCUGACCAGGUUACUAAGCCAUUUGACCAGCAUAAUUAUACUCUAGCCUGCGAAUACAGCCGUCCCUCCUCGCCUCUGGGGAUGUUUCGCUGGAAAGAGAAACGGCCCUAGAGUUGAUGAGCGAGCGAGCAUAGUCAUGCAUGAAGACCAUUGAUUUCGCAGUAGUUAUGGUGUUACCUCGUCUUAGGCUCAGAAAUGAUUAUUAAUCUGAUGUGGGACUUUUUCUCGAAGAUCCAGAGAUGAACGUAAAAAAGAUAGCGAAGGAGCGUUCUUCUACCAGAUUAUAACAGAAAAGAAUGAAGCGGUAAAAAUACCCAUGGUUCAAGAACUGUUGGAGCAGUCCUUUCUUUCAGCUGAUAUCAUCCUCUCUGAAGUAAGUAGUGUACAAUUGUAGCAUAGAAACUCGAAAAUUAAUCAUAUUUUUGUAAAAUGUUAAAAGCAAUAGUCCACGUUCGAUAUACAUUUUUUGUAGUAGAGGGCUUCGAAUGUGAGGACGAGAACGAGAUUUAACUUAAAUUUUUUGCUCGUGUUUUCACAAAAAAAAAAGACAUCUAGGAAAGCUUCAUUUUAUCUUUUUUCACCAAACAAGUUAGUGCGGUUAUUUAUACUGAAGGAUGUUAAGCCCUCUCCCGAUAGCAAAAUGAUAAAACUUCUUGCAUUCUGAGCAGUGCUCAGAAUUGAGAAAAUCUCGUACUCGUAGUCUUCCUCGUCUCAGAAUCUAAAGCUCUCUAUUAAAAUUCUAACAUGACUCCGAGGCUUCAGGGUCAAAAUUGCAAAUUUUUCAAGACUUCAUUGUCUCGCAAUUCCCAAGAGACUUAAGCACAAAGAAAACCAAGCCAAAUAUAGAAAAAUGACCAGAAAGCCUCGGAGUCAUGCUAGAAUUGUAAAAUUUUAAUAUCUCGAACGUUUUCUAUUUGUGCGCCUUUAGUGGCCAGAGUAAUAUAAUUCCAUCAGGAACGCACACUGACGUUGUCUUUACACUAUACUGCAUAGCUUUUGCGCUGGCACGAAAACUAUACCGGAUUUGGCUUCUGUUCGCACGUAAAAACGGUGAUUUCGGUGCGAUUUCUGUAACGUAACGAAGCUGUGGCGCACUUAUUUCGAAAGUGGAGAGUCACAUAUUGGAUAGGUGUUCAUCCUAAUACCAGAUGGCUUUUCGUGUCGGCACGAAAAGCGAAAAGCCAUCUGGUAAGUCACGCGCGUACAUUUUCGGCACAGGACAACCAGUGUCUUGGAGAGUGCGUUCAUGUAAGUCACCAAGAAUGUUACAAAAGACGUGAAGAUUGUACUCAAAACUCUCGUCGUGCACGUAGCGCUUCUUUAGCACUAAGCUGUUGUUUCUGAAUCCGUGUUCUGUUUUCUGUGGGGGUUGUUCGUUUGUGUUCAUUUUCCUUUCUGAGUCGUUUUUUCAUGUGUUUAGUAGCCUGUGUCGCAGGCAUCAACGGGGGUGGAGGAUUAAGGAGAAAAGGGACCUUGUUUUGCGCCUACCCAAAUGGGAAACAUUACCCUGUUUUAAAAUACUUCUGCCUUUUCCUUUUUAAACACUUUCAAGGUAGUUUUUGAAACCAUUAUUUCCGAUGGUAAAUAAGUCUUGCACUGAAGUGAUCGCAAAACCUUGUAGAUAUUUACUCAGCUGCAAUGUUUCCUUCUAGCUUACGUAGCUACCACGAUUGGCGGACGAGUGCUGGCAUUGUUUUAGUGGCGGAGUCGCGAGCCGCUCUCACCCCGGCUCGCCGGCUUGAAAGGCAUUACAGGAGAGACUUUAACGGCUAGUUCCAAUUUAACUGACUGAAGUUCUUUGUUUGCACAGGUUCCUUCGUGUUUAAUUCUUCAGAUGCCACGAUUCGGAAGCAAAUAUAAGAUGUAUGACAUGAUCCUACCAGACUUAGAACUGGAUGUCACUCACAUUGUGGAAAACGGUAAAUAUUUUUCAAAAUUGGCGUUACUAUUGGUACUCUCGUCCUUUUUAACUCGUGGGUACGCGCGAGCGUACCACGAGUUAUUGCAGCGACUGAGAUAUGCAAAUAAGUCACUCACUCACUCGUAGUAGACGCACUUCGUAAUUAAUUGGGUCCGAACUCGAGAGCGCGAAGAUCUAUCGUUUCCAAAGAAGCACGCGCUCGCCGAAGUUUGGUAGCAUCAAAUUCCUCGCUGCGAGCGUGUAUAGUGCCCUACAGCACGGCUAGGAUAGAGGUCAUACCAAAUUUAAGACAGGCAGGAAUCUUUCAAAUUAGUACGAUUCAAAAGCCUUUGACCCGUCCAGGCGUUAAACUUGACAAGAAGAUGAGCAUUUGCUCUUUGACUCCUUCAACUUCGACGCUGGCUUGAUCUCCUACCUUGUAGUACUGUAGUAGGUUAUGUGUAUGAAUGAAUUUAUGGCAGCCAGUAUAAAACACGGACUGCGGACUGCGGACUGGGUAUAAAGUACGGACUAUAAAAUACGGACUGGUGAAAUGUAUGGUAAAUAAAGGCACUUCUUCUUCUUCUUCUUAAGGACUCCCCAAGAUCACGGGGGGAAAUGGAUAUGAGUUUGAGCAUUACCUUUUUAAAAUAACAGCGGAAAUCGAGAUAAGAAAACAUAAGCUAAUUUAUUUUGCGUCCUACUUCGCGGAGAAGUUGUGUCGGCUUUGUAUCGCAUAUGUUCUUUCAUUGCCAUGAAAUGCGUUUACAUUGUUUUUUACUGUCAGUAGCUUGGUUUCAAUUAGCCUUAAUUUCAUCCCAUCGCUUCGAGUCGUUUUUAUGGCUCGAUCGUUUGCCCCGGUCGUUUGCCGGCGGAAGUUCCAUGGAAAAGGCAUUAAAUUUGAGACUUUUCGCCAAAUCAUGUGAUCAUCCUCAAUGGCGCAGUGGCUAUGUGGGGUCAGGUCAAACGAAAGUACGGGGUUGAACUCCUGCUGGAGACCUUCUUUUUCCCUUCUUCCUUUUUUUUUUCUUUUUUGUUUUGUCUUGUUUGCUUAUUUGUUUUGCUGUUUAUUUUUUGUUUUGUUUUUAAAUACAUACUUGAAUAACUGUUACUAAAGUGCAAUAAACAGCAAGAAAAGUAUUGUGUUUCCAGAACAAGGAUAGUAUAUUUAUAAUAUGAAUUUCUAUCAUUUCCUAAAAUUCACUGUGGGAAAACCAGGGGUGAUAACUAAUUGAUUAUUUUCUAAACAACGUACCCACGAGUUGACGAUAGUCUUUCUUUGAUUGUCGUUUUUCCAUUCAUUCUCUAGUCUGCUACACAGCCGUUUUUAGUGUCGUCAAGCAAUGCUCCUCCACAUUAGUGGGGAGGAGCGUUGCGUGACGACACUAAAAACGGCUGUGUAGCAGACUAUUCAUUCUCGGGAUCCCUCUUCUCUCAAAUUCCGUGACCCUCACGGUCACUCAACGCCACGCUCUUGGGAGUAUUAAAAGCCAUUCGUUUCUUUUCUAAGAAGGGGAGCGAAAGAGGUGGGGGGAAAGGAAAAUACCAUAAUAUCUUUUCAUUAGCUUUACUGCUUCAAAUCGCACCAGUUGAGCUACGUUGUCUGUUUUCAUCGUUUUUUUAUGCAUGUGCAUAUUAGUGUCCCUGAAUUAUCUCUCAGCGAGAGGGUCAGUAACUAAACUGCUCCCUUUCUCCCCUCCCCUCCCCUCUGGUACCUCUUUCCCCAACAACUUUAUCGAUGUUUCGUUGUAGUUGCACGUGAGUGUACCGUCUGUGGAAGUGAACCAGCACAGUUUGAGUGCAAAAUGUGUUAUCAAAAGGGCGUGGUAGCUGACAGGGCCGGGAUGCCCAGUUACUGUGGAGGCUGUAACGGCAAGAUACAUGGACACAGAGAUAGACAACAUCAUAAGACAAGGCCUGUAAUACUACCACGACAGUUCAAAAAUGAGAGAUGGAUGCUUGAUAAGCAGAAGAUGGAACUGUUCGCUGUCGUUUGUAUAGAAACAAGUCAUUAUGUUGCCUUUGUCAAGUGCGGAGAUGGUGUCGAUAAAUCUUGGUGCUUCUUUGACAGCAUGGCGGACAGGAAAGGUAACGUUUUUAGGUCGGUAAUGUAAUGGUCGAUUUGAUGGUCGGAUGCGGCUGAUGCAUUACCCAUCUGGCGUCGGUUGUUUAAACCUACAAAUCACUAUCCAGAGUAUAAGUAUUACGAAAAACAAUGGCGCUGUCUAGUGGAUAGCGUUGUCCACCUUUUGAACAACUGGUUGAUGUUGAUUGAAUCUUUUAAGUAUUAUUUUUCAUAUAUCACCUGUUUAUUUGAAAUUCAUGUUGUGUAUUCAGGCCUACACUUGAAUAACAAAGUAUCCCGCUCUCAAAUGCUUUUGACGAUUCACCUGAAAGAUCUAAGAACUCCACAAUUUUUGUUUUGUCGUGUUACUUUAGCGUCACUACUUGCACAGCCUCUCUUUAACGAGUCUAGCGAUACCUAAAUUAUGCGUUAUAUUGACCAAGCGUGAAUUCUAGAUUGCUGGAUAAUAACCUACUUUUUUGCGUUUUUAUUGACCAAGACGAAGUCGAUUGUAUUCAGUAAUAGAAAACGAGGGCAACAAACAGCCAUCUUGACAAAACAAGCUUGGUCAAUAAAGGAUUUAUUAUACUCUGGCCAAAACGGGAAAUUCUGAAUGUGAAAGAUCGGCUCACCUUUCUUGCUCGAGUAGCCAAUCAGAACGCAGGAUUUGCUUCAUCUUUCCAGCUCGCAGUUUCAGCCAUUAACCAUUUUCACCGUGACCAUAAUGCACCUUAUUUACCCCCUUCCCCCAAAAAACUUUUGCAUACCCAUUUUCUUUGAUUUCUCUUGGGACGACUAUAAUACCCAGGAGAAAUUAGAGGCAAUGGUUUUGCAAGAUUUGAGGGAAAAACAAGGUGCAUUAUAUAGUCUCGAUGAAAAUGGUGAAGAUAAAAAUCAUUUUAUUCUAGGUGUUAGCUUGCAAGGGGUUCGACUGCAUUAAGUCGAUUAUCUUUCAGUAACAAUGACAAUUUCGCCUUGAGUUUAAUUGUGAUCUAAAUAUUUCACGUAUUCUAUUGGCUUAGGAGAAAGGAAUGGCUAUAAUAUUCCGGCUGUGACUCGCUGCCCUGAAGCAUUAGAGUGGCUCUCUAAGGAUCCCAAGGAAAUUAUUGCGGCAAAAGAGCGAGGAGAAAUCCCUGAAAAGGUGCGACGUCUCCUUGGAGAUGCAUAUCUGUGCAUGUACCAGAACCUUGAGAUGACAAUGUAUAAAUAG